AUGUUUGAUUCAGUCAAGCAGUCGGUGCUCUACCAGGAGCUGAGUCUCCGUUUGGUGUUCAUUGGGUGCUUCGUCUCCCUUGGAGCCAUGGGCUUCGGAUUUGACAAUUCCUGGUGGGGAGGUGCACUGGGUCUGUCGCCAUUUGGCAAGAAAUAUGGUGUAUGGGACGAGGCCCAGAAUGAUUGGACUGUCCCGUCCGAGAAGCAGUCCGCGGGAACAGGGACAGGGUCUGCCGGUAUCAUCCUCGGCUGUCUCGCUGCCCCGUGGUUGUGUUCCAAUCUGGGUCGCCGACCCACUCUGCUAGUCAUGGCAGGCUUUCUGAUUGUGGGUAUCAUCCUGGAGGCCACUGCUUUGACCUCCUUCUGGCAGCUGGUUGUGGGUCGUAUCGUCGUCUAUUCCGGCAUUGGCCUGGCGUCUAAUGUGGUGCCCAUGUAUCAAUCGGAGUGUGCACCGGCCAAGGUUCGAGGCGCUUUCCUCGCUGCUUACUCGUUCUGGAACACCUUCGGUGCUUUUCUUGCCACGCUGGUCGUGUACUUGUGUCAGAGAAUUACAAGCCAAUGGGCUUACCUUACCGUGAUUCUCUGUCAGCUCAUGGUCCCUGUCGGAAUCCUCCUGUCCUAUCAUUUUCUCCCUGAAACACCUCGAUUUCUGGUUUACCGAGGGCGUUUCGAAGAAGCCGAGGCCGCCAUCAAAGACCUAUAUGGUCCUCACUACAAUGCAGCGGAAGAAGUGCAACUUCUACGACUCCAAGUCGAAGAGCAGCGAGAGCUUCACAAGGCGACCAGCAUUAUGGACUGUUUCAAAGGCACCAACCUGCGACGAACGAUUAUCGCCGCGGGUGUUCAAAUCCUGCAGCAAGCUCAAGGCGUCUCAUUCAUCAACAACUUCAUCGUGACCUUCAUGAAGCAGCUUGGAUUUGCCGAUCCUUUGAAAUAUAACGUGAUUGUCAUUGCCUGUGGUUUAGUAGCCAACGUGAUCUCUUUCUACACCUUCGAUAAGAUCGGUCGGCGGUCCAACAUGUUCUGGGGUGCAUUCCUCAUGGCCGCGAUGAUGCUCGGAGUCGGAGGCACGACAGCCAAUGGAUACGGGGUCCUUUCCCCGAUGACGCAGAACGGCUGCGUCGCCAUGUUGGUCCUUUGGUAUUUCUUCUACGGCCUCUCCUGGGGCCCGGGCGUGUGGAUCCUGGGUGGAGAAAUUGGCACUGGUCAACUGCGUGAGCACACGCUGCUUUUGUCUUCACUGGGCAGUUUCGUCACCUCGGUGCCCAUUAAUUUCGUGAAUCCGUAUGUUCAGGCCGCAAUUGGUGGUAGAACGGCUAUCAUCUAUGGUAGUUUCUCGGUUGCCGCUUUAGCAUUCGUCUACUUCUUGCUCCCCGAGACGAAGGAUCGCUCUUUGGAGGAACUAGAUGAAAUGUUCCAGCAGAAGGUUCCGACGCGGCAGUUCAAGGGUUAUGUCUGCACUGGAUUGGGCGCCCAGAUCAGAAAUCUGGAGAACAAGGAUGAUGUUGCCGAGAAGAAGAUCAAGGAUAUUGAGCAUAUCGAAGCUGCUAUAUAA